AUGGAAGAUCAGAAUCAGACUGCAGUGACUGAAUUCCUCUUCUUGGGCCUCACUGACCAGCUCCGCCAGCAGAUUCUCCUCUUUGUCACUCUGGUCUUUGUCUAUCUUGUCACCCUGGGGGGUAACUUGGGGAUGAUCACUCUCAUCUGGAUGGAUCCCAGGCUCCACACACCUAUGUACUUUUUUCUCAGCCACCUGUCCUUUGUAGACAUGUGUUUGUCGUCUUCCAUUGCACCCAAGGUGCUGUGUGAUAUCUUUGCCGAGAAGAAAGGCAUCUCUUUCCUGGGUUGUGCUGCACAGAUGUGGUUCCUGGAUCUUUUUGUGGCAACUGAAUGUUUCCUCCUGGCUUCCAUGGCCUAUGAUCGGUACCUGGCUAUCCGUAAGCCCUUGCUGUAUUCACAGAUCAUGUCCCAGAGGGUCUGUGUGCAGCUGGUGAUGGGCCCUUAUGCUGUGGCUCUCAUGAGCACCAUGACUCAUACCACAUUGACGUUCUGCUUACCCUUCUGUGGUCCAAAUGUUAUCAAUCACUUUUUUUGUGACAUUUUGCCAUUGCUUUCCCUAGCAUGUGCAGACACCUGGGCCAAUAAGGUGGUGCUUUUCACCUUGGCUGGGGCAGUCGGGGUUCUCAGUGGCCUGAUCAUCAUGGUCUCCUAUAUCUGCAUCCUGGUGGCCAUCCUGAGGAUCCAGAGUGCUGGUGGGAGGAGGAAAGCUUUCUCGACCUGUUCUUCUCACCUGGCAGCGGUCUCCAUCCUCUAUGGGACUCUUUUCUUCAUUUAUGUGCGACCUGGCUCAGGUUCCUCCCUAGAUAUCAAUAAAGUGGUUUCUCUGUUUUACACGGUGGUGACCCCCAUGUUGAACCCCCUCAUCUACAGUUUGAGGAACGAGGAGGUGAAAAAUGCAUUUGGUAGGAAGUUUGAAAGGAAUGUUUUUUUUUUUUCAAAAAAGAUAGAAUUCUAA